CCCACUUUGCCGCCACGACCUCAAGGCCUCAGCCUACAGCUCCUCACGAUUCCGCUUUGUGGUGACCUGAAGAAGAAGAAUUAUGUCUGAUGGCUCUAGUUUACGACAGUCAUGGUACGAUGCACUGAGCAAGGCGGAAACUCAUUUUCGACAACUUCUCACCUCUUCCUCACCGAAUGAAUGGAAACGACUUUCUGCUGCAAAUGAGCCAUCUUCCGGCAGGAAAGGGAAAUCUCGGAUGACAUCCACCCCAGAGCUGGCUGACGUGGUAAUUCAUCGGAAUUCGACGAAGCCAGGAGACGACAUAUACCGCCUCAUUCUUGAGGUUCCCACUACGGAAGAGUCGGUUUCUUUGGAGCCAUGGAAGACGGUGCUGUCAAUUCCUGAAUUGAGGAAGGAAUGGGAUCCCGCUGUCGUAGACUCGCAUAUGGUAGAGAUGUUUGACCAUACAGCACGGAUCUCCAAGACGAAUUUCACGCUGGGAUGGCCCGCAAAUCCGCGUGACGCGGUUACGAUAUCGCGUUCCUUCCACGACGCGACCACAUUUAUCGACGUUUCUACCUCCUUACCUCGGUCUCCCGACGAACCUGUGUACCUGCGGCCCGCACCUCCCUAUGUCCGGUCAAAUGUGACUUUAUUCGCUUGGUGUAUACAGCAUAUACAACCCUCACUACCAGCAAAUGACAGCGAUCUUGUUAGGAGGCGGCCGUCUCUUGUAGGUCGAAUUCGAGUUACCUGCUUCUGGCAGCACGAUCUAAGAGCUGUUUGGAGCAUCGGAUCGACGUCAGGCAUAGUGCAGCAGCUGUCUACCAUGAUACUGGGUCUAUACAAGACAGUCCUCAAACGUGGAAUGCGUAUUCCGAAACUGAUUGGAUUCGGAAACGGCGUGACUAUAGAACGCAUCCGUUUUCAAGUCGACAGAGAAGCCCUCACCAUUGACUACUCCAUCAUACCAGAGGAAGACGAACAUAAAGUCACAUCUUCUUCAGAGUUCAGUCAGGGUCUAGAUGAACUACAUGCCAUUCGAGAGCAUCGACGGCUCACUCGCUCGAUUGAGUGCAUUUUACCGGCAUCUGCAGGUUGGGACAUACGGAUCUCAGUCAAAGCAUCAUCUGAAGAAGUGGAAAGACUCCCAUGGUCCGCUCAUGCGACACGAACCAGUUCUCAUUCAGCUUCUACUCCACUGGAUCAAAUACUAUUUCGACUCUCUCAUGCACCACUGAUCGACGAGCAUUCCGUUCUCAGAGUCAGAGUGGUGAUUGAGAUUUCUGGCCCGUCAAGUGGUCUCCGUUUGAACGGUAUUCCUCAUACCGUACAAGAAGUGGAAGAACGUGAUCCUUCCUCUUUCACUAUUUCUUCCCAGAUCCUUCAAGACGUCUCCAGCGCAGCUGGCUUAAGCUUCGAUACCACCUCUUCCCUCAAUACCAGCGCAGCUAGUGCUACCAGUGUCGCAUCCACUUCGUCUAUACCCGUAAUUGCCCGACCACAUACCGAACGUUCUCCAGCCGCUGAGAAGUCUAUUCUGUCUCGCGUCAAGAGGAACUAUAUUUAUUUCUCCUCCUUAUUACAGGAACCUGAAGCCAAGUGGAAACGAAAUACGGAGGCUCGUGGAGUCACGAUCACUCAAUUGGAUUCCAUUGAUCCAACUCUUGUAGUAUAUCGAGCCGAAGCGACUUUUGUCGGGGUUGGGCUUUGGGACCUCUACGGUGCUAUCGUGACACCGGGUGCCAGAAAUUAUUGGGACAAGCAGCAUGAAGACGCCGUGCUAUUAGAAGACGUCAAUGACCUUACUGAACUUUGGCAUUUGAAAACGAAACCUGCUUGGCCAGUAAAUGGUCGAGAUGCUGUCGUGCUCAAGACUGUCUAUAAAUCCCCCACUACUAUCCAUGUCUUCGCCUUUUCUGCCGACGAUCCACAUCUCUUUCCCGUCAUUCCACCUGCCGAGCCUAACGUCAUCCGCACUCAAGUGGACCUGCAAGGCUGGGCGAUUGAGGCACUCUCACCGACAACCACCCUUGUGACCUUGCUUGAGCAGUCAGAUCCAAAGGGCUGGACCAAUAAGACAUCGAUACCCACGCAAAUGAUGAAUGCUUUAGCAGGUAUCGGUGAAUUCACCAUCAAAUGCGGUGGUCCACCAGUGAUGACCCGACUAGCUGGGGCGAAGGCCAAUGAAAUCCGCUACGAUCACGAACGAAUGAAUUUCAGAAUCGAAUAUGAAGUUUCUGCCAGUCGAUCAAAUGACACGAGUGGUGAUACGGCAUCAAAUAGCCUGAGUUUGCAGACAUUGUCCAUCAUUGAAUGUGAACUCAGAUGCGACAUGGAUACGUGGGCAUCUUCGUUGGAUAUUGUGAUCGAUCCGCCACCACAGUCAAUUUCGUGUCUUCGAAGACACCGGUUAUCUGAAGAAGGUGGUGGAUUGUGGUUGACCAUCAUUCAUGACGCCGUUUUUGUCGAUGAUGAACGCUUAUUGGCCAUCGUUCGACGUGGUCCUGGGAAAGAAAAAGGGGUCGUUAUGGUGAACGGAGCAAAGGUGAACGUCGACGUUGAGGAGAUCCCCGAGCAGGAGAUAAAGUUUCUGUCAAAGCGAAAACGCGUCAAACCUGUGCGAAUACCACUUGAUCAACCUCCCGUCGUUGGAGUCAUUCGCAAGCGUCGGGCGGAAUGGGAUGCUGAUUCGGAGGGCGUGUCUGCUCCCACGGAGUCUAGCACGAGUACAACGAGUGCAACAUCGUCUGGGUGGCCAUCUGCUCCUCAAAUAUCUAGCCCGCUAGUGCGCUUCUUCACGUUCUCGUCUGAUCAGACGUCGUCUUCGGCACCUCAAUCAGCCUCUUCAGUGAUCUCGACCGCGGACCUUAGCAGCAUACCAUCUGCUACAAAAUCUCCUAUUCAAUAUGCUCUAGACGCCCUGGCUUGGACUCAAGAAACUCAUUCUUGCAUCAACUCGCAAGCAUGGAUCCCAGUCAGCGAUAAAGGAAUGACAAUCCGGCGCAAGAUAUCUCCCGAGAUAUCUCCGAGUAUCCCCAUCCAUAUGGGCGAGAAGGUGAUCGAAGGCGUGUCAGCAGAGGAGCUUGCAUCCAUCGUGACUGAAUACGACUGUCGGAAGAAGUGGGACGAGCGAUUUGAUUCUGCCAUCAUGUUGGAAUCAUAUGGUGCCGAUUGCCGGACGUGCUUCGUGGUUUCGAAGAGUGCAUUCCCAUUUCGAGACCGUGGCAUGUAUUUGGCGAGCGUUAUGGCUCGAGCUCAUGCGUCUCCUUCAUUGUCGAGGAGCGAUACGGGGGAUGUAGCGGAGCAAUCAUCAAGCAGUUCGCGCAGCGCUAUUUACUGCGUUUCCGUAUCGUUCAGCCCUGAAUCGGUGUCGUCGUUCUCUGCAGGGAAGUACAAUCCGUAUAUUUUGCCUGUCGGACGGGUGUUUAUCGACGCCUGGAUAUUGGAGACACUGGAUCCUUACACAAAGGAAAAUUAUGCUGUGCCGUCGUCGCGGUGCACGAGGCUGGUUGCUGUUGAUUAUGCAGGGUCUAUUCCUACUGCCGUCAAUUCAAUGAUAAACGCGGCUCUCCCUCGGGCGAUUUUGGGCGUGGAGGCGUUUGUAAAGAGCAUCUCACCGCUUCCCAUAACCCGGUUACCCGCGCCUGGGUUUGUGUUGGCCGAUAAGAAAGACGAAGCACAAGUUGGGGACCUUUCUUGGAAACUCAGACGGCGAGACGACAUCCGAACACUCGUUAAAACAAGCUACAAGCAUGAUACACGCGUCUAUGCAAGUACAAUUCUCAUCAGUUUUCCUUCUUCAUUGCCUCCCACUGGGACGCGAUCAUCACGCAGUCCUGACACACAUUCAACACCUCGUUCUAGUAGGCUCCCACCAAACGAUGGAAUACCACCAUCGAUAUCGGAAACUUUGCAAAGCAGUGCGUCAACAAUUUCAGGGUUACCUCCAUCUUCCUCGGCAUCUUCGUCACCGUUAACGCCGAUGACGUCUCCAUCGGAGUCACCGACAUCCCACCAGCGUAGCGUAUCCGAUACAUCCUUUUCUGGCGAGUUCUCGCUACGUGGCCGGUCGUCUUCGGCAUUUACUGUUAAGGGAGAAGUGCGCCAAACUACGGAUCUCCUAGUUGGUGAACUGGUUGUGGAUUCCAAGUUGUAUCCAGAUGGAUACACGGUUGUAUUGACAUCGAGAGCGCGUGAACGAGGUUUGCAAGGUCAGCCUGGCCUUAUUGACCUUCAGUUACCCGAGGGUGCGAAGCGAUGCAUCUUACCGCUGGCUUAUACGAUUCAUACUGUACCCUUAUCCCCGCUGCAUUCGUCGGGUAUGAACGCUGGAAGCCCGACUAGACACUUGUUGAGGCUGACGUUGCCUACUGCGCAAUACCAGAUUUCGACCGUCAAAGACCCACUGACGGGAGAAACACAGAGUGCACCACCCAAACCGCAAUGGCUGAUUGACAUGGAGGAGUGCGGGGCAAUUGUUGAUGUUGAAGUGCGGCCACUGGCAGCUGGGAAGAAGGGUGUAAUUGUUUUGGCAAAUGAUUCGGAGGCUACGGUUGUCGUUGUUGGUGAGAAAGAGUCAUUGACGACGCUUGGACGCGAUGAAUUAUCAGACGACAGAGUGUCGAAGAUGGGACAGCUCUCAAGGUCCACGAGUGAAACGGAGCCGCUGCCGGCUGAAUUGCUCAGGCCCAUAGCACUUGAUUUCAGUGUCUUGGACCCUGCUUCUGCUUCGAACUUGAAGAAUGAUGAAAGAGAGGAUUUGCAGGAAGCUGAAGAGCGGGGAUCAAGCGCAGAGCGCAGCGAAGAUGGACCGAAAGCGCAGGCAGCUGAUCCUCCUGCGACGCCUCAUGCGCCUCACACGCCGGUGGGUGGACUACUCGGAUUUCUGCAGUCGUACCCGAAUCCUCUCACGCGAUUCACUGCGAAUGGGACGAGUGGCAUGCCGGCAGUGACGGCAGGAGGUACGGGAGGUGGAUCAGACCGAAAGCUGCCUGGGGGCUUGGCUGAUAUCGAUGCGAGUACAGUGUUAACGUGCCGCAGGGAGGGUGUGCCGAGACAGUAUCCUUUGUCGACUCUCAUCAUCAUUGCACUCAUCGCAUUCUUGAUUGGGUCGCUCCUUCGAUCACUCUUGUCACCAGCUGACUUCAUUUAUGUCGUUACUGACUUGAGGGAAGCUGAAGAAGCGAAUAACAUCAGUGGGUGGAGGGAGAUACGACGGUUGUUCGAGGUGAAGUAUAUACUUGCUGGGUGGGAUUUUCAGAUAGCGGUAGUGCGACGACAUUGAGGGUAAGGCAUGAUAGAAGAAGAAAUGGAUAAUAAUAAUAUAUAAUAUGAUACGUAGAGUACUUGAGUGUUGAUUAUAAUGCUAAUCUGAGAUUCGUGUCAAGGUGGG